CAAAAGCUUUUUCAAGAGAAGCGUUCGGCGCAACCUUACGUACUCGUGUCGCGGAAGCCGGAACUGUCCCAUCGACCAACACCACCGCAACCAGUGCCAAUAUUGCCGCCUCAAGAAGUGUCUCAAGAUGGGCAUGAGGAGAGAAGGUUUCCAGCCCAGGGCCGUGCAGCGGGGGCGGGUGCCGCCCACGCAGCCCCCGGGGCUGCCGGGCCAGCUGGCGCUGACCAACGGCGACGCGGCGGCGGCGGCGGCGGCGGCGGCGGCGGGCUUCAACGGCCACUCCUACCUGUCCAGCUACAUCUCGCUGCUGCUGCGCGCCGAGCCCUACCCCACGUCGCGCUACGGCCAGUGCAUGCAGCCCAACAACAUCAUGGGCAUCGACAACAUCUGCGAACUCGCCGCCCGCCUCCUCUUCUCCGCCGUCGAGUGGGCGCGGAACAUACCCUUCUUCCCCGAUCUCCAGGUGACGGACCAGGUGGCGCUGCUGCGGCUCGUGUGGAGCGAGCUGUUCGUCCUGAACGCGUCGCAGUGCUCGAUGCCGCUGCACGUGGCGCCGCUGCUGGCCGCCGCCGGCCUGCACGCCUCCCCCAUGGCGGCCGACCGCGUCGUCGCCUUCAUGGACCACAUACGAAUCUUCCAGGAGCAGGUCGAGAAGCUCAAGGCGCUGCACGUCGACUCCGCCGAAUACUCCUGCCUCAAGGCCAUCGUCCUCUUCACCACAGACGCGUGUGGCCUGUCGGACGUGGCGCACAUCGAGGGCCUGCAGGAGAAGUCGCAGUGCGCGCUCGAGGAGUAUUGCCGCACGCAGUACCCCAACCAGCCGACGCGCUUCGGCAAGCUGCUGCUGCGCCUUCCCUCGCUGCGGACGGUCAGCUCGCAGGUGAUCGAGCAGCUGUUCUUCGUGCGGCUGGUGGGCAAGACGCCCAUCGAGACGCUGAUCCGGGACAUGCUGCUGAGCGGCAGCAGCUUCAGCUGGCCCUACAUGUCCACCAUGUGACACAGCGUGUGGCGGCAGCUGGCCUCGGCCUAGCCCCCCGGCUGCUGGCGCUGAGAUCACGCUGAGGAGCCGACGGAAGCCGGCGGAGCGGCCGCCCGUGCUGACGUCACUGGGGACCCGCCGCGCGCGCUCGGACCGAGCGUCCACCGCCGGUGCCGGGACGCUGGGUGCGCUGGAGGGACGCCGUCGUGGCGUCUCUGUGGCUCAGUGUGGGGACGCAGUAAGCUCGCGAGCUGUGGCCGUGACUAACCGGUGGUCUAGCUUCCAGUAUCCUUCCGUAAGGACGACAUCGGCAACUGCUGUAACUACUGUUCUAGUGAUCAUCCCAAUUACUGGCAACUCAUUGGUUCCUAUACUUGUCCGUACACCAAAGCGUGAUCUCCCCUUCUUCUCUGUGAAUUUAAAAGUAAUGCUUUGAAAAAAAAAACAUUCUUCAAUUAUCGUUUCCAUUACUACCGCAACAUUUUCCACAAUGUAGCUAACAAAAUCUUUUUAAGUGUCUCAUACCUUAGUCAUCAGUUUACGUUGAUAUAGUAUUUUAUUGACUGCACUAUUAAUUUGUUCUCCUACUCUAAGAGAAUAAGUAGCAUUACCGCGGAAGAUAUAUUUUGGGUUGUUCGGCAGAACUGACUAUUUCCGUUUCUCUUUCAACUAUACGUUCUUUCAACUGUCGACCUGGUUGUCUUCGUCUGGUGCUGCGAGCGAUGAUCUCAGGUGUGCUCACUGUUCCUCUCACUUGUAUUUUUCUGGUCGGAGUGCAAGCGGCAGCACCUCACGAAGGCCACCAGCUCGGCCGUCGAAAUAUGCUUAGAAAAAUAGAAUUGUUAACCCCCGGGAAUGUAUCUUCCGUCUACUAAAUCGUGCCAGUCUAGAGACAACAUUGUAUCGGAUGUUCUGACAUUAAAUAUAGCUACAUGUCACCUAUUUUUGAUACCCAUCUCUGUAAUGUUAUUUGGUAGUGCAUCGCAUAAAAUGAAACACAAACAUUUGUUAACAAAGUAAUUCAGAUUCCUGUCACUAUUGCCUUUUGUUGGAUCAUGCUGGUGUCCGAGUCGGUGAAAUUCAUUUUCGGUUUAAGUUUGCAGGCAAUGUGUUCUUAAGUUCAUAGAGUGAAUGCCUCCUAAGUACAAAAUAAUUAGCGCGUACUUAAAAGAAGCAAUAGCAAGUUUGUUUUUUUGGCGAAAGGUAGUUAAAUACUCGCUCCGUGGGUGUACUUAUGCAAUGCUAUCAAAUACAAAACAACAAAAGAAAAAGAUUCCUUAACCUAAAGCUUAAUUCUGAAAGUUUGAAGUGCACAUGUUUACCCUCAUUAGUGCCAGAUUCCGAUAUUUUUCAAUUUUGUAAAAUUUUCUGCAGGAUCGCACUUAACACAGAAUGUGACGUAUUACUAAAUUUAUUCACCACGUUACUUUUUAGUUUUGUAUGGCAUUUCGUUGCGGUCGCGUGUUGAAUGUACUUAAUAUUGCAGGAUCAUAAAUGCAUUUCUUCUAAUGAAAUGACAAUGGAUUCUUUUAAUUUUGGUGUGGGUUAGUGAAAAAAUUUAAAAGCACAAAGGGUGCAACUCAAGAAACUGGCUCGUAUGUAGUACAAAUCCAUGUACUAUCACUUUGUUACAGUAAGUUGUUUUUAAUCGUUUUGUGAUUCUGCUAGUGGGGCGCCAUUCGGUCGUUCAUGUUUUUGUUGCCAAAUGCUUUAAGAAUGCAUGGUAUACUUUUUGACAUACCUUUCCCUAGUCCCGUGCGGAAGAGAUACGGAAGUCUAAGUGUAGAAGCAGUUACCCAUACGCUAGUUCAUGACAAUAGAGGCCAUUCAGAGGUACCACUGCAACAACAGUGCCAUUGAAAAAAAGAUAUUUUAUAAACUAUGAGCUCGCAGAGGGUACAUGAAAGUCGCAACGGAUGUAACAACGAUUGUAAUUACCCCCUAAGCUUAAAAAAGAAUCGAUGAUAUGUGAUAUUGAAAAGCUACGAUAUAAUGCGCAUCGGUGCAUUGCAUACUUAAUUAAAAACAUUUAGUUUUAAAACAUACUUUCCUUUUUAUAAAAACCCAAAAAUCAAAAAACAGUACAGGUUGUAUAAAAUUAUAUAGAAUAACCAUAUAAGCGAAGUGUUUUUAUGUGUAAAUAAGUGGUACUUGAUAGACUAUGUGAAUUAUAAUAGAGAUCUUCCCAAUCAAAUAUAAUAUAUGUAUAACAAAUAUUUGGGCCAGUCACAGUUUCAUGUGAGUCUCCAUGAAGUGAAGUUCAUUGAGUAGCGUGGAUGUUGUUUACCUUUUACGGAAAAUAAUAUGUUCUUAAGUUGUAAAUACUGUAGUUUCUUUUUGGAAACAAAAACCGGUGAAAACAGUGACUGAAAAAAAUGUGUGUGUAUGUGCUUGUAUGACAUUACAAGCACCAUUGAGAUGAAAAUUGGUAUAUUAUCAGAUUGUGAUACAAAGAGAGCAUUCAGAUUCGUAAAUUAUUAUUCAUCCCUGAAUUCGAUUUUCUACAAGGUCAUGAACAUUUUUACUCUUGUACAGUGAUACUAGUUUGAUUGUACAGUAUAAAAAAAUAAAUGUUACUCAGAAAACUUU